CCCUCUAGUGCGGCCGACUGGUUUGCCACUAAUGCGCCUAAUCCCAAGGGCAUCCCUGCGGACUCGUGCUCCUCUGUCGACAUCCGCCGCUACGGGUUACCGCUGAAUGCUACCAUACCCUCAGCUGUCGCGCUUGUCAAGUAGUGGGUUUGGGUUACCUGCGACCUGUUCAGUUUGCCUUUAAUGUUUUUGCGGCUGACUUUCUUUUAGUCUUUUCUGUCUGAAGUCGUAUUCAGCACGUACUCUUGGUCCUGCUCUUUGUUCUCUUUUCCUUUUUUUUCCCCUCCUCACUAUACACCACCCAACAAAACUCCAACUCCGCACCGCCAAAAUUUACCACUGUAGCCUAGCGUUUGGGGGACGCGAGUAAGCCACAAGCCCGACUUCUACAGGUGUCUCCAGAACAAACUCCUCUACCCCCUCAUCCCGCUCAGUGCUGCUAGUGGGCGCUAAGACGCUAUUUCCAUCAUCCACCUUCAAGCCACGACCUCCGCCUCGCCAACGCCUGCCAACCCCAGCCAAGCCUGGCCCCUUCUUCUCCCCCUCGCCACUUGUGCUUCUCCUCUUUCAACACUUGCUACAGCCAAUCCCUCGCUCUUCGACCCUUGCGCACUUGUUUAACGCGAUCCGAACCGCCUGUUGCGAAUCUCUUUGUCGAAUGCGCCGUCCCUAACGACACGUCGUCGUCGCUCCUCCAGUCUCCGAGCGGGUACUGAGUGCGCUGUUCAACCGUUUUGACAGCCAUCCCGCUGCCCUCACGUCUCGGCCAAUUCUAGCGACAAACGCCGACCAAGCACCGGCCCGACAGUCACGAUGCCGAGCAUCUUCAAUAAAAUCAAGAGCGGUUCGCAAUCCGCGAAUGUAAACGGAAAAGAAGCGUCGCCUAAAAAGAAGGAUGAAGCUCCUAUAGAGCUGACUCCAUUGGAGAAGAUGCUCCAGAAUGCUGGUCCUCUUCGGGACGACGGUCGCGACCGAUUUCUAGGUUUCGAAAAUUUCGGAAAUACAUGCUACUGCAAUUCGAUCGUCCAAGCGCUAUACCACUCCGAUUCGUUUCGAGAGAGCAUUAUAAACUACCCACCCCGAUCUCCGACAGAUACCCCGAACAAUGAUUAUGCAAAGGCAAAUGUGACCAUUCGACCUCCAAUCAUUCCCGCACCACCCCCUCCCAAACAAAAACUUUCUACCAGCCAGGUUUUGAAGCAGCGCCAAGCGAUAAAUCUUGGACAGACGGUACCUGGACAACAGCCUGUAAAGCCAGAAGACAAACCGGAUACGCCUGAAUACAAGAAGAAGCAUGCGAUGCUUAAAGGUCCAAUUCUGGAACUUGCCAGAGAAAAUACAGUUGCAUACGGCAUGAACGAAUGCACCUUUACUGGUCUCAAGGACAUCUUUCUUGCCCUCAAUGAGAGCAAUACCAGGACUGGUGUUUUGAGCCCGCAACGUUUUCUUGAAAUCUUCAAGAGAGAUAAUGAACUCUUUCGCAGUGCCAACCACCAGGAUGCCCACGAAUUCUACGUUUUGGUUUUGAAUGAUAUUGUCGUUAAUAUUGAGAAGAACCAAAAGAGAUUGGACGAAUUGCAGCAAAACGGCUCAUCAAACGGACUAACAGAGUCUGUCGAAAAUAUUAUAGACACGACAAUGAUUGACCACGCAUCAGGUUAUAGAUCACCAGGUACUGGUUGGAUUCACGACAUAUUCGAACUAGUUCUGGCCUCAGAAACCAAGUGCCUCACUUGCGAGACAACGUCCCAAAGAGAGGAAACCUUCCGCGCGCUAUCGAUCGAUUUGAAGGAACACUCAUCGGUGACAUCAUGCCUCCGCAAAUUCUCUGCUGAAGAAAUGCUCUGCGAACGCAACAAGUUUCAAUGCGACCAGUGUGGCGGCCUGCAAGAAGCCGAACGACGAGUUAAGCUCAAGCGCCUCCCCAAGGUCUUGACUCUGCAUCUGAAGCGUUUCGAAUAUACUGAAGAUUUCAGCCGUUUGCAGAAGCUCUUCCACAGAGUCGUGUAUCCAUAUCACUUGCGACUGUUUAACACGGCAGACGAUACGGAGAACCCUGACAGACUCUACGAGCUCUACGCGGUAGUUGUACAUGUUGGAGGCAACGCAUACCACGGCCACUAUGUAUCAAUAAUCAAGACUAAGGAACGCGGAUGGGUUCUUUUCGACGAUGAAAUGGUGGAACCUGUUGACAAGCACUUUGUCCGCAACUUCUUUGGUGAUAAGCCUGGUAUGGCUACGGCAUACGUCCUAUUCUACCAGGAGACAACCUUUGAGAAAAUGCGGGCAGAGCAGGAAGCAGAAGGCAUGGAGGAAGUCAAGCUUGCUACCCAAGCUGCUAAUGUGGCCUUGGGCAAAGAUGCUAAUGAGAAUGGUGAUGGAGUUCCUCUGUCGAAACACAACACCACCCAGCCGGUGGCUUCAACGACUGACACAUCACUACUUUCGAAGCUUACUCCUUCACGGACAGCUCCCGAUACACCAACUACAGGUUCUCCACUCGCUAGCCCUGUACCUGAUACGCCGCUUCCUCCGGUUCCGCCACUGCCUACAAUCACACCGAUAGCCGAAACGACAGUGACAUCUCCUACUCCCGAAGCACCCCUCACGAAAUCAGUAACGCAAACGAAAGAGGACAAGAAGCGAGAAAAGAGGGAAAAGGAAGCUGCUGAGAAGGCUGCCAAGCAACUCGAGAAAGAAAAAGAUAAGCAGGCUCGCGAAGAAGAAAAGAAGAAGCGUGAAUUGCAUAUUCGUCAGGUCGCCGCGCGACGGAUGGAAGAAGAACAGAUGGAACGAGCUCUGAAUGCUAGCAAGAAGAGCGCGAUAGAGGAAGAGAAGAACCGCGGCAAGGAUGAGACAACGGGAAAUGGCAGCUUCCUAGACCGGUCGAAACGCGGCAGCAAGUCCAUCAGCAGAAAGGGCUUUGGGCUCUUCGGCAAGGAUAAAAGCCAGGUUCCGGAAGAGGCCAUCGACAGCACACAGAACGGAGUGCCGCCCGAGAAGCACGAACGCAAGAGCCGUCUAAGCAUUGGCUUGGGACGCAAGAAGAGCAGUAACAUGCUUGCGUAGAUUAAUGAUUAUUUCCCGGUGUAUAUUGCUGUCGGCUAUUUCUAUUUGAUAGACGUGGUGUUCUGACAUGGCGUCUGCUGUCUGGAGAAUGGGUCAGAUUUAGCUGGUGUUUUUUAUUCGUUUCUUGUUUUGUGAACUAGCAUUUUAAAGCGACAUGAUUGCGGAAGACUAAUGUAUCUAUUUCACUACUCCUCUUCCCUAUUAAUUGAAAUGUUUG